AUGAAGCCCAAAAAGCCUGGUCAAGCCUAGAAACCUGGAGGAAGAUGUUAAAUUGAAUUUUACUUUAUAAAUUUUAUCUAAUAUGAAAACGGAUUGUAUCAUCAAUUUGAAUAUGAUAAUGUAANUAAUGUUUGUAUGUCUAAUUCUUUCUGCAAUCAGCAUUCUGGAAAUCAGAUCAUACAAGUGAAUAUUAAAAAGGAAUGCCAAGGAAGAGAAAGAUUGAUGUGCUAAGAAUGCAUUUAGAAUUCGAGGGGGAUUCUCCAUGUAAUGUCAGUUUUAGAAGCAAGUGAGAUGGUGGAAGAUUUAAAGAGCUAAUAAUAAUAAUAGAUCUAUAAUUUAGUUAAUGUAGUGAAAGAGAUGCUAGCAAAACUGAAAGAAAAAACUGAUUGUCUACAAUCUAAAGUCUAUGAGUAAUUUACCUCCUUAAAAUAAAAAUACGAUUUAUUUUAAGAGGAAUUGGAUCAAUUAGUAGAAUAAUAUAAUAGUUAAGAUUUAUCCAAAGAACUCUAAUUUCUCGAUGAAUCUCCUGAUUCCAUUUUAUAAGAAUAGUUUCUAAGCGAUUCUAAUAAGAUUUAACAAAUAAAUCGUUCUUAUUUAUAAAAAAUCAACAAAGUAAGCUAGACAUUGUAAUCAACAAUAAAAGAUUGGAGUGUAUAAAGUGAGUUUGAUGAAAUGUUCAACCAAAUUUCAACAUAAAUUAAUAAUUAUAAAAAAUAGAAUGAUUUUUGGAUGUAGGUUUCAGAAAUCAACCAAUAGCAAUCUUGUUGGGCCAUUGCAUUUAAUUAUUCGGAUUCAAUUAUGGCAGCUGGAUGUGGAGAGAACAUCAAAAUAUGGGAUUUUUAAGACAAGAAAUUAAUUGAUUCUGGGAUUUUAUUAGAAGGACAUAGUGAUUUUGUUUAAUGUUUGACGUUCAGCAAAAGGUGUAAUUGGUUAGUCUCAGGGGGGUUGGAUCAAAAGAUUAUAUGUUGGAAUCAAGUUAAUGUAAAUACAUGGCAAAAGAAUUAAGUGCUAUAAUCAGGUAUAGGAGAUAUAUAGUACUUAAUCUUAACACCAGCUGAAGAUCAAAUUAUAUCAACUCAAAAUUCAAAAAUCAAGAUAUGGAACCUUAACAUUGAACAAAACACUAUAUCAUUCAAAUAAUCAUUAGAGAUGCACCGAUCGACUGUUAAAUUCAUUUGUGUUAAUGAGGAUUCCACCUUUCUAAUCUCAAAUGCUUUAGAUAAUAAAAUUAUUCUUUGGUCAAAGUAAUCUCCUAACGAUUGGUCCUAUUAGUGUACAAUUGAUAGAAUUUAGAAAGAUUGUGGGAACAGAGUUUGCUUCAUCUCAAAUACCACUUUUACUUAUUAAUCAGAUAACUAAGGAAUUCUAUAUAUUUAUAAGAUUAACAAUGGAGGAUUGAUUGAAGCUCCUGAACUUAAAGUGAUUUUGCAAUCAGAACGAGUAUAAGAUGGAACUAAACUGUUUCCAUCUAUAUUCAAUAACAAAAAAAAUAUAUUAAUUCAAAAGCAUGAAAAUUUUGUAUAUAUUCUAAAGUGUGAUUAGGGAAACACUUUAAGAAUGUAUGGAGAUCCAAUUAAUAUUCAUUCAAGAUUUAAUUAUGGAACAAUCACCAAUGAUGGCAAUUAUUUAGUGAUUUGGAGUUUAGAAACUAAAUCAUUUAAAAUAUAUUAAAUAAAUUGA